GGCGGGGGCGGGGGUGAAUGAAGUGGAAGCGAUUCCCCCGCCCCCGCGCUUACCUCCCGCGCCCGGCGCAGCCCGCCCCCCCGCCCCCCGGCGCCCAGUCCCGCGCUGGCCGCCCGCUGCAGCCGACCCCGGCGUCCGGCUUUCCCGGACCCGCAUCCCGCGUCGCGGACCCGCGAUGGCCAAGCGCAGCUCGCUGUCCAUCCGCAUCGUGGAGGGGAAGAACCUGCCCGCCAAGGACAUCACCGGCAGCAGCGACCCCUACUGCAUCGUGAAGGUGGACAAUGAGCCCAUCAUCAGGACAGCCACUGUGUGGAAGACCCUGUGCCCGUUCUGGGGUGAGGAGUACCAGGUGCAUCUGCCGCCCGCCUUCCACGCGGUGGCCUUCUACGUCAUGGAUGAGGAUGCCCUCAGCCGGGACGACGUUAUUGGGAAGGUCUGCCUUACCAGGGACACCCUGGCCGCUCACCCUAAGGGUUUCGGCGGAUGGGCGCACCUGACGGAGGUCGAUCCCGAUGAGGAGGUGCAGGGCGAGAUCCACCUGCGCCUGGAGGUGGUGCCGGGGCCGCGGGCCCGCCGGCUGCUGCGCUGCUCUGUGCUGGAGGCCAGGGACCUGGCCCCGAAGGACCGGAAUGGUGCCUCUGACCCCUUUGUCCGAGUGCGCUACAGCGGCCGGACACAGGAGACCUCGAUCGUGAAGAAAUCACGCUACCCACGCUGGAACGAGAUGUUUGAGUUUGAGUUGGAGGAGGGGGCCGCGGAGGCGCUGUGUGUGGAAGCCUGGGACUGGGACCUCGUCAGCAGGAAUGACUUCUUGGGCAAAGUGGUGUUCAAUGUCCAGAAACUGUGCGCGGCCCAGAAGGAGGAGGGCUGGUUCCGGCUGCAGCCCGACCAGUCCAAGAAUCGGCGGGGAGAGGGCAACCUGGGCUCCUUGCAGCUGGAGGUGCGGCUGCGGGACGAGACGGUACUGCCCUCCGGCUGCUACCAGCCCCUGGUGCAGCUGCUGUGCCGUGAGGUGAAGCUGGGCACCCAGGGCCCAGGGCAGCUGAUAGCACUUAUCGAGGAGACAACAAGCACCGAAUGCCGCCAGGAUGUGGCCACCAACCUGCUCAAACUGUUCCUGGGGCAGGGACUGGCCAAAGACUUUCUGGACCUGCUCUUCCAGCUGGAGCUGGGUCGUACCAGUGAGGCUAACACCCUGUUCCGGAGCAACUCUCUGGCCUCGAAGUCCAUGGAGUCUUUUCUGAAGGUGGCUGGGAUGCGGUAUCUGCACGGCGUCCUGGGCCCCAUCAUUGACAAAGUGUUUGAGGAGAAGAAGUACGUGGAGCUGGACCCCAGCAAAGUGGAAGUCAAGGACGUAGGGUGCUCGGGGCUGCACCGCCCGCAGACAGAGGCCGAGGUGCUGGAGCAGAGCGCGCGGACGCUGCGCGCCCACCUGGCGGCGCUGCUGAGCGCGCUCAGUCGCUCCGUUCGCGCAUGCCCCGCCGUGGUCCGCGCCACCUUCCGCCAGCUUUUCCGGCGCGUGCGCGAGCGCUUCCCCAGCGCCCAGCACGAGAAUGUGCCAUUCAUCGCCGUCACCAGCUUCCUGUGCCUGCGCUUCGUCUCUCCCGCCAUCAUGGCGCCCAAGCUCUUCCACCUGCGGGAGCGGCACGCGGACGCCCGCACCAGCCGCACCCUGCUCCUGCUGGCCAAGGCGGUUCAGAACGUGGGCAACAUGGACACGCCAGCUUCCAGAGCCAAGGAGGCUUGGAUGGAGCCGCUGCAGCCCACCGUGCGCCAGGGCGUGGCCCAGCUGAAGGACUUCAUCACCAAGCUGGUGGACAUCGAGGAGAAGGAGGAGCUGGGCCUGCAGCGGGCGCUGAGCUUGCAGGCGCCGCCGGUGAAGGAGGGGCCGCUCUUCAUCCACAGGACCAAGGGCAAGGGUCCCCUCAUGUCCUCCUUCAAGAAACUCCACUUUUGCCUCACCACCGAGGCCCUCAGCUUCGCCAAAACGCCCAACUCCAAGAAAAGUGCCCUCAUCAAGCCGGCCAACAUCCGGGCGGCGGAGAAGGUGGAGGAGAAGAGCUUCGGCAGCUCGAACGUCAUGCAGCUCAUCUACGAGGACGAUGCGGGCAAGCCCCAGACGGUCUACCUGCAGUGCAGGUGCGUGAACGAGCUGAACCAGUGGCUGUCUGCGCUGCGGAAGGUGAGCAUCGGCAACCCUGGCCUGCUCGGCUCCUACCACCCUGGCGUCUUCCGCGGGGACAAGUGGAGCUGUUGCCACCAGAAGGACAAGUCAGAUCUGGGCUGUGACAAGACCCGGUCACGGGUGACCCUGCAGGAGUGGAAUGACCCUCUCGAUCACGACCUGGAGGCCCAGCUCAUCUACCGGCACCUGCUGGGCGUGGAGCCCGCGCUGCGACUGAAAGGGUCAGCCCCCCAGUCCCAGGACCCCGUCCAGCUCAGGGGGGUCACCCAGCCUUCCUGGCCAGGGCACCAGGAGCCCUCACUCUGUCCUCCCCCGCAGGGAGAAGCACCGGGAGCUGAGCGCGGGCACAGAGGCGGGCUCUGUGCUCACAGGCCCUGGUGGAGCCCCUGAGGACCCACUGGCCCAGCUGCUGCAGGUGCUGCGGGACCUCCAGGAGGCCCACAGAUCCAGCCCAGCCAGCUCACCGCCUUCGGAGCCCAGCUGCCUCGUGGAGCUGCAGACGUGAGGCCUGCCCCACACUCCCUGCCGCUCCCCCUGACCGGUGCUUGGAGACCCCGCCCCCCGCCCCCAUGUGCUUCUGGCUCUUCACUUCAGUCCCCCUUCCUGGGGAGCAAGGCUCAGGGCUCUCCUGGGCUGGGUGAGUCCGAAGGGACCAGGCAGCAGGGGGUCCAUUGUCACCCACCUCAAGUCUCUAGGGGACUUGGGGAGCUCCUGCUUCUCCGUGAAGCCUGGCUGCUCCCCGCGGGCCCUGCAGCCCUUGCUGCUACUGGCCCAGACUCUGGGGACCCCUCCUGCCCAGGACAGAUCUAGCCAGAAACCACCCCUAGGAUGGCCCCUGCCUGUUGGACUGAUGCUCCUUGGGCCCAGAGAGGUGGGAGGGGACACGGAUCCUAGGAGGCCAGGCCUCGACCUCAGCAUCCCCUUCGCUCCUGGCCACCCCCACCUGCUCCCCUGCGGCCACUGCCUGGGCCCCCGGGAGAACUUCGCGGUGCUCUGUCGCUGACAAUAAACCUGCUGUGACUGCCUGGC